CCCUUCUUCAACUUGGGGCCUGCGCAGCGGCGGCGGCCCAGGACCCUAUAGGCUGUGAAUCCAUCUGUAUCAUGAUAAUGGUCCAAGCUCGAGGCAAGCUCCGUUAUCUAUCAAUCCAUCGAUUUAUCGAUGUGAUUGUGCUGAAUAACUUGGACAUUCGAAUUUCGUGAUUGCUCAACGGUAAAUCAUGAUAAGUAUAAAGCGUGUCUCAUGCAACAGACCUUCAAGUUGAUCGCACUCCUCCCGCACGGUUAUCUUUUCAGCAUCGCACAAGCGAAUACUCCAUGCAUGCAUGCCGGCUCAUUCCAGAGAUAGUAAAACACAUUUUCAGCAACAUCCUUUUCUACGACACCGUUGGUUCCUUAGUAAAUUUUGGAGAUCACUACUUUCAACAAGUCGCGCGACGUUCUCUAGCUGCCCUCUCUCGGGUCUGCCGUUCCUUCAAAGAUCUAGCAUUGGAUGCGUUAUGGCUCAAGCUGGAUAAUUUGGAACCGCUUUUCGCUUGUCUUCCACGAGACUUAUGGACCAUGACUGGUGAUCGGAGGCUUAGACCUAUAACCGCAGCAGAUUGGUUGGUCUUCGAGCAAUAUGCAUCUCGGGUGAGAAUUCUGGGAAUCACGGAUUCAGGUCUUUUCGGAGGCAUAGACGCGGAGUUCGUCUACGCCGUGAUGGGUUUUUGUUCACAGUCGCUGCUGGUGCCCAACCUUCGAAUGCUCCACUGCAAAGGCUGUCCUCCUGUUCUCCAUUCGUGUAUACGUUACCUCCUGGGUCCCAACCUCAUUUAUCUGUUGCUUGUUCCGCCGACAGAAGGUUUUUGGUCCAACGUCAUGCCUUCAGUGUUAUCAGGUCUCAGCAGGCAUUCACCACAAUUGGAAGUCGUCGAAUUCGUCGGACCACAUGCAAUGUGUCCUCGAGCCAGCGAGCUUGCUCUCUGUGGGCUCACGCACUUGCGGGAGGCAACUCUUGUCUUGCCAAGCUGCGGAGAUUUGUCCUGGCUAUCUCGUCUCGUUAGUCUUCAAGAGUUGCGGAUCACCUUCGCUGGAGUUCUCCCUCCCCUCAGAUCUCAAUUUCGUACCUCUUACCUUGACAAACUGGUCGUCUGCUCGUUUAGUUUGACCUCGAGUGGAAAUGAAGUAGCGGGGUGGGUUGUUCCAUGCAGACAGCUGCAGCUCGUUCCUGCCUUUCCUGAAUCCGCGGCUGCUGUCGAAUGUGCCCUGCGCAUGUUGGACAAACGCCUACUUUUCGAUGCUCUGGAGCAUAUCCUACUAGACGUAGUACUCGAGCCUGCUGACCAUAUCGACAACGCAUUCACCCUCCAAACAUUCACUCCCCUCAUGCGCUUCUCCGGCCUGAAAGAGAUUAGUCUCUCGGCAUUUUGUAUGUCUUUACUUGAUGUCGAUGCCCUUGGUUCUAUCGUCAAGUCCUGGCCACGCCUCGAGUGCCUUUACCUUGGGACCAAAUGUUUCUGGCGGACGCCACCCAAAAUCACUUUUCGGGGUCUUGUGGCCUUACUUUCUGCUUGCCCCAAUCUCAGAAACCUCGGUUUGGUAUUCGACGCUACGAAGGUAGAUUCGGCUACAGCUGAGAAAUUAGGACGUGGGGUCGCUGUCUCGCUUUCGGCAGUCUUGCCGUGCUUGGGAGAAUUCAGCGUCGAGUCCUUCUUAUCGAGGGGUCCUGACCGAGUGGCACGAGAGGCCAAGUGGAUAGAGGUAUUGGAGCACAUUAGUCAUAUCUUGACUAAGAAGCAAGAGAGUAACACUACAGGCUUGGAGACCAGGGUUGUGACAAGGAGGUCCACGCGAAAGGUCGCGCGUCGCGGGUGA